AUGGGGGGUAAAUCCAACUCUGAAUCUGUUGGAGGUAGCAAGCGCCUACGUUUAGCAGUUAAUAUCCCUGAGCAGUGUAUGAAGAAGGCUUGGCCCGAUAUGCUACGGUACCGGGACAUUGCUGCGGUUAGAAGGGUCGGAUUAAUCCACCCCGAAUUCCCCAACAAGUGCUUCACGCACAUACAACUGAGUGCCCUACAGCAGGCAGUAAUUAAGGCCGUCAACAAAAUGACCGAUGACGGCAGAGUGAUUCAGAAAAAGAAAGGCAAAGACUCGGACGGGAAGCACGAUAGAGUUGCAACCAAACCUCCUCCGCCGCAGCCACUACCACAACUCUCCGGGAGGACUGUCGGUGGACCACCCACAACGGAGGAAGGAACCUUGGCUCAGUCUGGCUGCGAAAACAGCCAGGCUAAUGCAGACAAACCUGCAACAUACCAAGGCAGCUUUCUUCGUUCUAAGAUGAGUGAUACUGGUGAACCCGGGAAUGGGGAUGUUUUUGAAGAGGCGGAAAGGGCACUUAAUAUUAAAAUACCAGAAAUUUUGAAAAACUUAUUGAAGAGCUGUGGCUAUGAAAAUGAAGCUUUAAUAGCUGGAAUGACCAAAGCAACUAUAACAGAAAUAGAAAAGUUUGCGAGGACUGAUUUAUUUCAGCUCAUCGAUGAGGAAGAUCGAGCAAAAUACUAUGGAAUAUAUAGCAAAAAUCCUAAAAUUUACAAAAUGCUACCCGCACACCAACAAGUCCUACUUUGGAUGAUCGAACAUUUCAAAAAGAAAAGAAAAUCACACAAAAAAGAAAUUCAAGCAUCUGCGCCAAGGGAAGCGCCAACUAAUCGAGAAGGGCCCCCCAAGAAGAGGUCAAAAACUUCUGUUGAAUCUUCAGAAUUGUUGAGUGACGAAUCCCAAGAGGAAGAACUCCAUUCCGAGAACAAUGCUAGGGAGAUUACCAAUCAGAAACCUGUCGUGAACCGAGCUGUGAACUUGACAGACGAGAAUGCCUUGAUUUUUCGAAAUUUGAAGAAAUGGGCAAAAUCAAAGGCAAAAGCCGAUUUAUGGGAAACGCUUCAGCAUAAAUUCGAUGAUAUUAAAAUUGUAACUUCACUCGACCAACAAGAGAUGUUCUCGAAAGUAACCUGCUUCUGUAACGCGACAUACAAACUCCCCAAAAUACUUAAACCUGGGAAAAAGCAGAAAAGUUGGAUUUACUCAAAUUUUCAUACACACUUCAUGACUAAACAUUUCAAAACACAAACCACCUCGGCAUUUGAUGUAUCGACAGAAAUUUCAGCACGUCCUCAACAACAUUCCAUCACUUCCUAUUUGGUAACUAAUGAUCACGAGAAUAAUCCUAUCCUGAAUAAAAAGUCAUCAAAAGUUAAAAUUCUUGGUAACGUCGUUUUAUCUCCUUCCCGAGCUCCUGCCUCACAUUCCACCAAUACUUUGCCGAAAAAACUGUGUGAUGUUUAUCUAGACUCAAGGUUUCAAUCCGCUACGAGCACUGCUUUCGGCACGGCUUCUGGUACCCUCUCAGAGGCAAACAGCAGCGACCCCACCGAGGACCACACCGGUCUCUUUGAAGCUAACGAUAGGUGCCUAGACAGUAUUGAUGAAUCAACGAAUACCUCAUCGAAUCAACUGUGCAAAAUCGACAACCAAGAUAUGGAUAAAGUACCAUCAAAAUGGAAAAGACAGAAAUAUCAGAGGCAUGAAAGAGGAAAACUGAUAGUUUUUUGCAAAAAUAUAAGAAUAGAUUUAGAAGCUUUAGUGGUACCUGAAUUAACACACAACUUGUUAUCAGUUAAGCAUAUUAAUGAUAAAGGAAAUAAGGUUAUUUUUGAAAAAGAUAGAGCUAUAAUAAAAGGUAAAGGGAAAACUAAAGAAUGUAAAAUUAGGGCCCUAUAA